CUGCAGUGUGAACUUGUGUUAUUCCUAACCAGUAGAGGUCACCAGCAGUCUGAAACAUCAAGUGUUGGUCUUUGUGCUGUCUUUGGUCACUUUGUUGUUUAAUGCCCUUGGCUUGGUUACUCACUGUUCAUAAGGAUCUGUGUUGCAUGCCUCCUGGUGUCUGUGUCUGUCUCGUGUCACAACAAAUGUCCUUGUGUGUUGCCCUGUAGUUGGAUUCAGCUUUGGACUCUGAUCCUCUUUAAAGAUAUUAGUGGUGCGGAGCUCUCAGUGUUGCCUAAGAGUGGGAGGCCCUGAUCAGACAUGUCAAUAAGAUGUGUGUGUAAAGACACAAGCAACAUAAGUACAGAGAAUGAGGUUGUACCACAUUUUAAUGAAAUGCAGUUAUGAUCAUAAUUUUGCAACAAAAUGAGAAAAUAGUGCAACAUUUGGAAAAAUUCCUAUGUAUAAAAUAUUUCUGUUCUUUCUAUACCUUUAGUCAUAAAUCCCAGUAAAACUGAAUACAUGUUGAAGAAUUGUGGGAAAACCAUCCUAAGUAGUUAUGUAAGCAUGAGCUUUGUUAUAAAGAUGAUUUAUAGAGGUUGAAAAUUCUCCAGAAACCUAUAAAUUACAGUGUUUGAGAUCUUGUGGAUGUUUGGCAGUCCAGUAUGAAUUUGGCAUAAGAGCUGUUUUUUAGUCUUCCGUUAGCAUAAUGAUUGUGACACUGAAAAUACAGUCAAGCCUUGUUCGGUUUAGGGUGGAUGGAAAAAAUGCACAAAAUUAUACUUAUGUGAAAGAAUUGUUUCGAAACGUAACUCUGUAAAAUGUGGAGGUCAAAAUGAUAUUUGAGUAAUAUUUGAGUUAAAAAAGACAUGGCUUUAUCUGAAAUCAGAAAUCAGACCAUUGUUUUUCUAAUCAGUCCAUUCUAUUUGAAUAGUUAUUUGAAACUGCAUCAGUGGUUUAGGGUCAGAGGAGAGAGUGAGUAUUUUAUCUCACAAUUAUUUUUAUAGAAAUUGUAAUGAAAUUUAUCAACGUUUGUUGUGCUUCAAUUUUAGUACAUUGUGUACAUGAGAUAAGUUUCAUUUUCAUUCUUUCAUUCAGUUACCUUCAUUAAUUACCCUGUCACUCACCAGACUUGCGGUAGAUCCUGAACCGAUCCUACGAAAAUAGGGGUGUGUAUUUGGGAACAUUGUUGAACACCACAUGCAAACGUAUUUACUGUACAUAUAACAGCAAUUUAAACCAAACGGGUUUUUCUCAAGAACGAUAUAGUUUGAGUUCUAUAUAGUGUUGAGUGCAACACACUUAUUUUUGGUGUAUUGAGUUUGUUGUGUGUUGUGAUUCGAUAUUUGCUGAAAUCCAUUAGCUGUUUAUUCAGUUGGGGCCUCCCCCACAUACACAGUCUCAUUUGUAUAAGGGCUCUUUGGAAUUAAACAUGUCUCUUUAAUCUCCCAGCCCUCAAAAUCCAACCCACACACACAUGCACGUAGACAGCUCAUGUUCGCUCCUGAGGUGGCUUACUAGAGGCAGUAAUCUGGGGGCAGUUACAUCAUUCAUCUCAAAUUGUGUGUAUCUGAGGAUUAAGAAGGUCAAGGGGAGGAGGAGUGUGCAGUGGUGGUGUGGUCUCUGUUAUGCGCUUUUAGUUCAGGACAAUUUAGAGACUUGGACACACAUGAACACAGGGGUUUUUUUGCACACACGCGCUCACCAAGUAGGCCCUCACAUGAUGGAAGGCACGUCAGCAGCAGCGAUGGCAGACGCACACAUGGAGGAACUGGUGGAGCGAUCUGAAGUAGCUGAAGAUGGAGGAGCUCAGCUGUACCACGAUGGCUCUCUCUUAGCACCCGAAGUAGACUUCAUAAUAGAUGAACACAGCUCGACACACAGUAACAUGGAGGUGACAGACAGGCUCAUGUACUUGGAGCAGCGUCUCCAGAUUCAGGAGGAUGAAGUGCAGCUGCUGAAGAUAGCUCUGGCUGAUGUGCUCAAAAGACUCAACAUUUCAGAGGCUCAAACUGCUGCUCACACUAAAAGAGGGCCUGCUAAAGCAUCCAGGCCUAUGUCUUUGGCCCUGCAACCUAGAACAAGCAGUAAUACAGCCAACUCCAUGAAGAAGUGCUCCAGCUCCACACUGCCCUCUUCCACAUCCUUGAAGAAUUACAACCCUUUGCUAGCCACUAAAAGAGGCCCAGCAAGCAGUACAAAAGACAGUUACAGUCUUCCUGCAAGCCGUCGCACUGCUCCAACAACCAGCACCACCUCAACCCCCUGUAAGAAACUUCAAGAGAGCAACAAACCAAAGGAGAGCAUCACAAGUGUUGUAGGAACCCGACGUGUGACUCACUGCAAAGUGACUAUGCAGAUCUAUCUGAGUCACCCAGCAAAAAAGACUGGGCCAACUGAGAAUGCGGUCGCUAUACCAGUGCGGCCGAGUGUGUGGUCUCCAGAUAAAGCUGCCUCAGACAAGAAGAAAGUAGGAGCUGUGAAGAAGCCUCCCUGCUCACUAUCCUUACACAGGAGCACAUGUCAGAGCCCCUUUUCUCCUGCUGACACCCCUAUCUACAAGAGCCCCCUUAAGUCCCCUAGUCAGUAUUUCCAGAUCUGUUAUUAAACACACACAGUAGAAGAACCUGGACAAUCAAUCUGGUGUUCAUAAGCCACUAAAUAAAAGCUGGUGAUUGUUAACUAGUGGAAGUGACAUGUUGGUUAAUUCUUAACUCUCGAAUGACUAACAUGUUGGGUUUAAUUAUUUUGGUUCUGAUAAUGUGAAUUUGCAGGACGUUAUUUGUUGCAUGAUGUAAGUAAAGUAAUUUUAGGUUGUUUUUUUUUUUUUUUGGAAAAACGUACCAACAGAUAUUCAGUUAGUCUAGUAUUUGGCUUUCUUAUUACUUCCUGUAUUGUCAUUUCUCUGUAAAAAAGAUUUUUUUGAGUUGUUACAAAUGAUAUAUCCUAUAAUAAGAAGGCAAAGGCUCUUAUCUAAAGUAAUGAGUCUGUGUUAGUGCAUGCUGCCACCAAAAUCACAGUGCAAAAUCAUUUACGCAAUAUUUGACUGGUGGAGUAUCUGUAGGUUACCACAGAAGACUUUAAUUACUAUAGAAGGGCUAUAAUCAUACCGGCAAUCAAUCUGCCACUCCACUGAUAUUAUACAUUACUAUUAUACAUUACUGUCUGCAUAUGCAAAAGGAUAGAGACUGCACUUGUGACCAUCAUCAUGAAUUAUUAUGUUAGAUUUUGCAUGUAUUCAGUGUUAUAUAGUACGUGUAAGAGCUAAUGCUAAUGCUUGUGUUCAUGUGUAGGAAAAAGGGGACAGGCUUUGAAAAUCAUUUAAAAUUUUUCAGCUUCAUCCUACACACACCUGAAUCACAGAGAGUUUUUGGUCAUUUGUUAAUUUGGAGAAAUCUGACCUAAAGAAAUUUUCAUAAGGAAGUAAUAUAUUUCAAAUGAAAAUUGUAGAGUGCUUGAGUAACAGAUUGAAAGCCAAAGGUUUAAGCUAUAUGAUGUCAUAACUACCAGCCCUGUUACAUGUUUAAAUACACAGGAUUGUGGUCUAAAACUAAGUAAAUAGAUUUGCUGCACAUAGCAGUGUUGCCCUGCAGUGUACUGUAUUGUAUGGAAUAGACAGUGUAUAAUGAAUAUGUAUUAUUUUUAAUGUCUAAAAAGACAUACUGAAUGUUGAAUACUGUGUUAUUUAGGAUAUACACAAACCAGGGCUUAAUACAAGGCUAAACAGAUCAUAACACACAAUCAGAGGAUUUAUAAUUUCAUUUGGUAUAUAAUAGUUGAAGAAGAUACUUUUCUGCUCACCACAGUUGUAAAGAGCGCUAAGUUGAGUUGUUGUAGCCUUUCUGUCAGCCUGAAACAAUCUGGCCAUUCUCCUUUGUUCUUUUUCAUCAAUAAGCUGUUUCUGCUAAUAGGUCUGUUGUUCACUGGACAUUUUUGGUUUUUACACACACCGUUUUGUGUAACCUCUACAGACUGUUGCAAGUAAAAAUCCCUGGAAAUAAGCAGUUUCUGAAACGCUCAAUCCAGCUUGUCUGGCACCAACAGCCACAAUUCCAAUCAAAAAUCAGAUUCACAAAUAGAGAUUUCAAAAUAGAGAUUUCAAAUAGAGAGCACUUGGCCUGUAUCUGCAUGAUUUAAGUGCACCGCCACCACAUUAUUAUAUAGAAUUUAUUAUUAAACAUAAGCACAGGAUUAUGAUGCCUGUCCUACUGUGUUUCUAAUUAAUCUGUUCAUCUCCUACUUGAAGGCUAAAUUAUUCUACAUAAAACACAUCUUAUACUGUAAAUACUAAGUUAACUAUGCUGUAAUUGUAAUAAAACUAGGACUCAAAUGAUGAUAUUUGUACACAACGUACCUACCUAAUUCUGGAUGUGAGUGUAAGCUUUACUUCAAAAAGCAAAUAAAUAUGCUGGCUCAUAG